AUGCCUAUUGAUCUCAUCCUCGAGAUUCUCUCCAGAGCAACGGCUAAGUCAGUCGCUAGGUUUCGUCUCGCCUCCAAGUUCUGUGCGUCCAUAGUCAGACGUCCAGAUUUCACCGAGCUGUUUCUGACCAGAUCUUCUGCUCGGCCGCGUCUCUUGUUUUUUAUCGAACGACCCAGUGAGUGGAGCUUCUACUCAUCGCCUCAGCCUGCUCUCGAACGACCCGGUAAUGAGUGGCGCUUCAACUCGUCCUCGCUUGUAGUAACCGCCGAUUCUCAAAUAAAGUCGCCUGGAGACAUGGACUCAGAAUGUUGUCGCCCUGUCUCUGGUUUCAUCUAUUUCCCUAACGUGCAUACCAAAAAGAGGGGUAAGAUCACAGUGCCGGUGGUAUAUAACCCUAGCACGGGACAGUACACGAGCUUACCCCAACGAACGAUGAGGACGACGUUUCGUUUUAUACAAAGCUUGUUAGGGUAUGAUCCUAUUGACAAACAAUUCAAGGUACUAUUGUAUAAUUAUGAUAAAUGCGUGUAUCAUAUUCUGACGUUUGGAGCUGGGAAAAUCUCGUGGAGAAAGAUGGAUUAUGAGCCAACCCAUGAACCUUUAUAUCAAGGGAUAUGCAUCAAUGGGAUUUUGUAUUGCUUAGCUCGUGCCUACGGCAUGGAUCCGCUGCGUGUAGCUUGCUUUGAUGUUAGGUCAGAAAAACAUUGGUUUCUUGAUACACAAUCUAUGAGUGAAUCAUUGAGAAGCCCUUAUAGACUGAUAGAUUAUAUGGGUAAAUUAGGUGUGACUUAUUGGAAUUGGCAGACUUCCCAGCCCGAUGGAAUGCGUAUCAUUCGGUUGAAUCUUUGGGUUCUAAAGGAUGUCGAAAAACAAGAAUGGUCUGAACGUGUUUUCUUGGUGAGACCAGUCGUUGAGUGUGAGCUUUUCGAUGACCUUUCUGUCGUUGGAGCGACAGCUACAGGUGAAAUUGUUUUCUCGAUGAACAGUACUACUACACCGUUUUAUGUUUUCUACUUCAGUCCGGAGAGAGACACUACCGAAAGAGUUGAAAUCCAAGGUUUUGAAGCGUUUGAGAAUCCUUGUAACGUCUUCACCUUUGUAGACCAUGUAGAGAAUCAAAAAUUUAUAACAUAA